CGUAGAGCUUUGGCAGACCGGCAGAAAGAUCUGGAGGUGAAGACCCAGCAGUUGGAGAUUAAAAUCAGCAACAAGACGGAGGAGGACAUCAAGAAGGCUCGGCGGAAAUCUACACAAGCAGGAGACGACCUGAUGCGCUGCGUGGAUCUCUACAACCAAACCCAGUGCAAGUGGUUUGAGGAAAUGGUCACCACCAGCAUGGAGCUGGAGAAGCUGGAGGUGGAGCGGAUCGAGUGGAUCCAGCAGCAUUUACGCCAGUACACCACUCUGAGGCAUGAGACGGACAUGUUCAACCAGAGUACGGUGGAGCCGGUGGACAAGCUGCUGCAGAACGUGGACCCCGGCAGAGACAGAGAGCUGUGGGUGAAGGAGAACAACACCGGAGAAGUCCGACCCGUGGAUAUGGACAUAUAAACCAUCCUGAGCUUCAGUAUUUUAACACUUCUGAUAACACUGAUCCAGGGACAGUGCAUGUGCAGACUACUGAGGUCUGCUCAUCCUCUCUGUGACGAGAAUAACAGGAGGAAGGUUUAUCGCAGGCAGGUAACGCCACUGGGUCAAAGUGCCGGCAUGUUCCUUCUAAAUUGUAACCCUCCCAUAAUCAACAUUAGCUUAUUGAAUGCCAUUUAACAUAUUCUGCUGUUUACCUGUUGUUAAGUGGAUACUAUAAAAAAAAAAUGAUAUGUAUUUUAAAUCGUUCAGUUUAGCUUCAAUCUAUAUUUUUCACAGUUCGAGUAAACCAAACUUUAAAAAAAAAAAAAAGUCUGAUUAUCGAUAUUAACUUUAUUUUAGAUACGGAUCUUGAAGCACAUUGAGAUCUUGGACUGAAUAUGAUAUAUUUUCAUAUUUUGCUGGUUCAUUUUGGUGGAAAUGCAUGUUUUGAAUAUCUUGCUUUUUCUGUAUAUGGAGAGCUGCACAAUUUGUUGAACCAUGAUGGUAGUUUUUUGGUAUAGUUCAUUGAAUUAACGCAAGGUAUUCUGCAUCUUGUACAUUUAGGAGCUUUCUCCCACACAAAAAAACAAGACUUUUACGUGUACAGCGUUAAUAU